AAGUUUUUUUGAAAGUACCUACGGGUUGGCCAGGGAAGAAUACUUUAUCACAUCACAAACAAAUCAAAACGAAAUAAAUGUAAAAAAUUUGUAUUUCAGAAACAAAAUAAUAGUAAAAAUGAAGACAUUUCCAAUCGAGGAUAUUCCGGAGUUUUCCAAAAAGGAGCGUAUUGUUGUAGUUGGAGUGAUCGGAAAGUCACCAUAUCGUUAUUCGAACAAAACAACUCCUCUUCUGCCCUCGGCGAAGAGCGAUGAGAAUAAUAUAGAAUGCUUCUGGGAUGAGCGGCAAGGAGUACUCUACCUUCAUGCUGUCACAUACCUCGACACCAAGCAGCUCACUAAGUUAGCUGCUACACUGGAUGAAAAUUCCAAAACUACUAUAAAGGAUGCAGAUGCGGCCCAUUGGUUAGUUGCCUCUGGAGAGUUGGCCUCGGAGUCCUGUCGGGCAAUGGCCCUGCUGUUCCACCUGUGUCACAUUGUGGUACUGUCUUCUCCCACACCAGUGUUCGACCUGGGAUACUUGCAGCUAUUCAAAGCUAUUGAUGCUUACAGGACAGAGCUCCUGCCGCGCACAAGCACUGCGCUGUGUGAGGUGGCCCCGGGCAGUGCGUGGGAGUCGCACGGCCGCUGCAGCUGCCCGCGGCUGCUGUUCCACUUCCGCCGCGCCCCGGCCCCGCUGCGCGCUGCGCCUGCGUCCCUGAAGCGGCUUGAGCACGCGGUGGAGGACCAGCUUUAUUUUAUACUGAGGAAGGCGAGGAUCAUCACUAAUGUUUGUGCAAAAUCCCUGUUCGCUAUACCAAAAAACGAAGAAUUUGUAUACAUGAGUGCGGAGGAGAAUUCAAACCACGCGCGUGACGUCAGCUCCCUAGUCCGCGGUCUUGUUGAGAGGUGUUCUGGUGAUGUGACCACCGCACAGCCGAGCCAACGGCCCACUUUCAAGCAGUUCCUGCAGGCACAUGUAGACUUGGCCUUCAGUGAGGGCUUCGAUGAUAACGUGGGCAAAUACGCUAUGAGUACUUCGUUUUUUGAGCUCCCAAGCGCUUCAAGUUGGCGCAACGCAGCGCAAGCGCUCGCACCGAUAUACCUGUCGGCGAGUGCGGAGGACCAAUCAGAGGCCGGCGCGCUGUACGACGCCCUCGCCACAGAUGUGCGGUUCUCGCAGGCAAGGUGUGCUAAGGUGCUGCCGAUUGCACAAGCGUCGUACGCGGAAGGUUUGCCGUCACAUUACUCCAGUCAACAUCACGCACAUAAGGUGAGCGUGGCGCUGGGCGUGCUGGAGAGCAUGGCCCGCGGGCCGCUGGCGGCGGGCGCCCGCGCGCGGCUGGCGGCUGCUUGCCGCGCCGUGUGGGGCGCCCGCAGUCUGUGCGAGGCGCCCUCGCUCACGCACCACGUCUGCAUGCUGCCGCACCAUGACAAUAGCAAGGAGCACUCGUCCGGCGUCCGCUAUAUAGCGGCGUGCAACUGCGGCCGCAGCAAGAGUUCCCGCGAAGACCCCUACUCGGUCCGCAGCGCAAACCACACCUUCUACACUCAGGCCGCCGAGGAAUGUGGCACCUGCCCUACGUUGCAGACGAUCGAAUUUCCCGUCUUCCAGCCUUCCACUCCUACUUAUAGGGCUGCGUCAUUAAAAGACUCGUCAUCACAAGAGGCGGCGCCCGGCGGACGCGCGUCGGCGUCGCUGUCCGGCGAGGCGGCGCCGGACGCCGGGCCGGCGGCCGGCGGCUGGUCCGAGCCGGACGCGCUGUCGCCCGGCGAGGCGCGCGACGAGGACGACGACGACAACACGCCCGAGGACAAGUAUGUGGUGCCUGUCCGGGGAGACGCGGCGUCGGAGAAAGUGAUAACCCGUCAGCCGUCAACGACUGAGUAUCUCCCGGGCAUGUUGCACCUCGGCAGCCCCAGCGGCCUGCUGCCGGCCUUCCCCAGCUGGUCGCUGGUGUGUCUCGGGGCCUCGUCCCUGUACUCGCACAGCGUGGGGCUGCCUGAGCAUCUGCAGCCCGGGUUCUUGCCGCACUCCAACUAUUUGCUACCAUGGGAUUGCGCUGUUCGGUUAGAGCAGGCGGGGCUGUGGCGCAGCGCGCCGUCUCGCUCCCGCAAGCCGGCGCCGCACCUCACCGUCAAGAUCUUCAUCGGCUUCGAGUACGAGUGUCCGCGCGGACACAGGUUCAUGAUGUCGUCGCCGGACAGCAUGGUGUCGGGCAGCGGCGCGACGGGUGGGGGAGCGCGGCUGGCGAACACAGACAUGCCGCUGUUCGCGAGCUGCGUGUGCCGCGUGGCGCAGCUCACGCGCCUGCACGUCGUCACGCCCAAGGCGUCCGUGCACGUCAUGCUCGACCCCAAGGUGCAGCCGGUGCCGGGCGGGCCCACGUUCGUGCCGCAGCCGGCCGGCAGCGCCCCAAUAAAGCUGUCCCCGUCCGCCUACUGGGUGCUCCGCCUGCCCUACAUGUACGCGGACGAGAGGGGCCCCUUGCCCCGGCCCAGACCCACCACGUUGCACACAGGGGGGACCCUCAUCGCGCCUGUGUUUGGACUGCAAGAUUGAUGAAGAUUUUGAGGUGAGAAACUUGUCUGUCUCACAAAGCAUAGAGUAAUAAUCUCUUGAGAAACGAGUGAGAAACCUUCAGACCGCAGUGUGGGACCAUGGUGUGCACAGCGACAACAACAUGCCCGUGAAGCGUCGUUACAUAAUUUUUAUUUGUAUAAAGUUAUUUGCAAGUGAUUGUAACAAUUUAUGUUCUCAACUAUACAGUCUGUCAAUAAAGUGAAUAAAACUAUUUUUAAAUGAACUACAUUGCAAUACCAAAUGGAAUGGUCACGAUUGGUUGAUAAACACCCAGUGUUGCUAGCCAGCAGGAGACAACGACCACAUUUCUUUCCAUCACUUUCUUGACAGACUGUGCAGUUUGUUUAAAAUGAAUUGAAAAAUGUUUUUUAUGAACUUCAUUUUUUUUGUAAUUGCAAUACCAAAUAGCAUUUUAUUUGGUAUUGCACGUCAAGAUGGAUUGACUCCCAGUGCUGCCAGCCCAGGGCAUUCAGCGCCCUUUAUUUUCUACUCUUUGCAGACGGACUUUAGCUAUUUGUCAUAUACAAAUAAAAUUAAUCAGGGUAUAUGAAGUUAUCUAAAUGUAUUGAAACAAUAUCCAUUGGACGGAUAAUUACAAAAUUUAAUACACGGGUAGAAUAAUUGUAAAAUAUAAUAAUGUUUAUUUAUUCAAAUUAAAUUCAAAAAGACGACCUCGGUGACGCAGUGGUAAAGUGCUUGCCUCUGAACCGAGAGGUCCCGGGUUCGAUCGCCGGUCGGGUCAUGAUGGAAAAUGAUCUUUUUCUGAUUGGCCCAGGUCUUGGAUGUUUAUCCAUAUAUGUAUCCCAUAACACAAGUCUCGAACUUAUUUUGGGGCUAGCUCAAUCUGUGUGAUUUGUCCUAAUAUAUUUAUAUUCAAAUCUACAACCAGUACAAGUAUAUUUCACAGUUAAAAAUAAUAAACUUCAGUAAGGAAAAAAAACGACUAAUUAAGUAAAAAAUGAGCGUUUGUGGUAAAAUGGUGUCUGUGGAUACCUAGGAAUACAAUGAACCGUUUACAGGUCACAAGGACUACAGAACCUAGAGAAACGAUUAGGGUACUGUUCAUUCUCAUAUUCCGAUGAGAGCGAAGCUGCGGGGCGUUGCUAGUAUAACUACUUACCUAAGAAUUUCGGGGACAUUUUUGUUAAGUCAAAGGUGUAUUGAUCACACUAUGAUGGUCCGUCAAGGGCACGAUGACUAUGGAAUUUCGCGACAUUGUAAUGAAAUAUGUUAUAAAUGUAUGUACUAUUUAUUUUAAUAAAAUAUUUACUAAACAUGACCUUGUCUUCCCUUUUUUCACAAUAAUCUGAUCAAAUCCUGUAUUUUAUAAGUUAUUUACAAAAUCGGUAAAUGUGUGGAGUUUAUCCUCGAACAGCACGCACGGUAUUUUUAUCCCCUGAUGUUGCAUGCGUCGACCAUGCGUUGCGGCGACCACUUCCCAUCUGGUGGGCCGCAAAAGUGUUUCCUUGUUCAGUUGUAUAAAAAAUCCACAGGGCCGAGGCCACGGGGUGCAACUAGUGAUCUUAUUAACGAUAACGCUAAAUUAUAAUUAAACCUACAAUAGCACAUAUGGUGCAUUUUAUCCAGAGUUUUCUGCGAAAACGGAGCUUAAGGGUAGCCAUAGAAACUGCUAUUUAGAAAUAUUUUUCCCCUACCCGCGGGGAACAGAACUUAUUUUUGUAUUGACUUAUACAAGAGUGCUAACAAGAUAGGACAUUUAGGCAGUUUUCAUAAAAUUUACAUUAUUCCUACGGGAAAACACUUCACUUCUGUG